CUACAAAAGGAAAAAAAAAAAAAAAAAAAAAAAAAAACAAGAAGAAAGAAAAGAAAAAUCUUGUUUCCAUGGGAGAAUAUGUGAGUAAACGUGCUUCUUCAACCACAAUCAUAUCCCUAUUUUCUUUCUUCAUUCUCUCCAUUCCUGUUGCCGGUGACUCACAACCGCCCUACACUCCCAUCGAUAAUAUACCUAUUAAGUGUGGUUUUAAUGGGAACUCAUCUGUACUUGGCGACCCUCGAUCAUGGACCGGAGAUGUCAACUCAAAGUUCUUCCCUUCUGAUCUCCAUUACAACCACGACUCAAUUGCUUUGUCCGCACUCACGCAACCUUCUUCCGCCCUUUAUGCAACAACACGGUUGUCCCCUUCCCAAUUUGCCUACUCUUUUCCGGUUAGUCCAGGCCAGAAGUUCAUUCGCCUUUACUUCUACUCUGCUUCUUACCCCAACUUUGACCGCUCCAAAGCCUUCUUCUCUGUUAAACUGGGUCUCUUCUCCACUCUUCUCCAUGACUUCAAUGCUUCUCUCAAUGCCGAUGCUUCUGGUUCAGAUGAAAUGGUUAGGGAAUUCUGUGUGUGUGUGGAUGGAAACGAUGAGAAGCUCAAUCUAACAUUCACUCCCUCAAAUCAAGACUCGUAUGCCUUUAUUAGUGGGAUUGAGAUUGUAUCCAUGCCCUCAUUCCUUUAUUAUACACCAAUGGAUCCCAACGAUGGAGGAUUAAGUAGACGAGAUUUAAAGCUCGUCGGCCAAAACAAUCAAUUCUUUCGAAUUGAGAAAUACACAUCUUUGGAGACGGUGUACAGAGUAAAUAUUGGUGGACCACCCAUCCCCCCUGUUGAGGACACUGGAAUGUUUCGAACUUGGUCAGAUGACAACAAUUUGUUGGAUGAAUACAUAUACGAUGAUGCUCGACUUAUAAAUACAACAAUCCAUCUCAACUACCGUUUAAUACCACCCUACACCGCACCAGAACUCGUGUAUCAAACUGCUUGGACAAUGGGACCCAAUGAAACGCUCAACAAGAGCUACAAUCUCACAUGGGAGUACCCUGUAGAUCCCGGGUUCUAUUACAUGCUUCGUCUUCAUUUUUGCGAGCUUGAACCCCUAAUCAAUCACAUGAAUGACAGAUUGUUCUUAAUAUACAUCAAAGACAUGAUCGCUGAGCAGAAUAUGGAUGUGUUUGGUUUGGCUAAUGGGAAAGGAGUUCCAUAUCUCAAAGAUUACAUAGUUUUGGUACCUUCUGCAGGUACUACCAAAAAGAAAGUGAAUCUCUCUGUUAAGCUGCAAGCAAGUUCAGAUGAGUGGAAAACUAAAUGGGCAUCUGUUCUCUUGAAUGGAAUUGAAAUCUUCAAGUUAAAUGACUCAAAUGGUAAUCUAGCUGGACAAAAUCCAGAUCCGCCUCUUAUCUUCUCCCCUACUCAAACUCAUCCGUUGUCAUCAAAAACAAAGAGUAAAGUGGUGAUAGUUGUAGUAAUACCCGUAGUAGCGGGAGUUCUGGUUGUUGUGUUAGCUUUAGGUUUGUUUGUUUUACAUCGAUGCAAAACAUGUACAGACCACAGCUCGAGUGAUGGAACUUCGUGGUGGGCUCCAUAUUCUAUAUCAACCAACAAAUCAAGCAAGACCCGCAGCUGGAAUCUCCCUUCUGAUUUAUGUCGUUACUUUUCACUAUCCGAGAUUAGAGCCGCCACCAAAAAUUUUGACGACAUUUUCAUCAUUGGCGUUGGCGGAUUUGGUAACGUGUACAAGGGUUACAUUGAUGAUGGAGGCACCCAAGUGGCAAUUAAGCGGUUAAAACAAGGUUCAAAACAGGGAGCGCAUGAGUUCAAGACAGAGAUCGAGAUGCUGUCCCAACUCCGCCAUCUCCAUCUUGUUUCCCUAAUAGGAUUUUGUAAUGAUGAAAAUGAAAUGAUUCUGGUGUAUGAUUACAUGUCUCAUGGAACACUUCGAAGUCACCUUUACGGGAACAAUGAACAACCUCUCACAUGGAAACAACGCCUCCAAAUUUGCAUUGGAGCUGCAAGAGGGCUACACUACCUCCACACCGGCACCAAACACAUAAUCAUCCAUCGUGACGUAAAAACAACAAAUAUUUUAUUGGACGAGAAAUGGAUGGCAAAGGUUUCCGAUUUUGGGUUGUCAAAAGUCGGACCAAUGAACAUGUCCAAAGCACACAUAAGUACAGUAGUUAAAGGUAGCUUUGGUUACCUUGACCCAGAGUACUACCGUCGACAACAGCUAACUGAAAAAUCGGAUGUAUAUUCAUUUGGAGUAGUUCUCUGCGAAGUACUUUGCGCUCGUCCCCCAUUGAUGCGGGUUGCAGACAAGAAGCAAACACACAUCGCAGGGUGGGUCCAGCGGUGUGCCCAGAACAACACAAUCGCUCAAAUUAUUGAUCCGAACAUCAAGAACGAGAUCUCACCAGAAUGCAUGAGAAAGUUUGUAGAGAUCGCAGUGAGUUGCAUCCAAGAUGAGGGAAUAAGGCGACCGUCGAUGAAUGAUGUAGUUUGGAGUUUGGAGUUUGCAUUGCAGCUACAAGAUGCAUCAAAGAAGAAUGGAGGUGAAGAUGGCGUAAAGGGAGUUGGUGGUGAAUGUGGAAGGGAUGAGGAGAGAGAAAUGGAGAAGGAGGAGGAAGAGUCUAUAUUCUCCAGUAGUGUUGAUAGGAAAUCGGUGGGGAGCAGUGAUAUGACGACCCUAAAUAGUGAAGAAUCAGGAAAAGGAAUGUCAAGAACGGUGUUUUCAGAGACUUUGGAACCCACUGCACGAUGAGGAAGAUGAUCGAUAAUUGAUUUGGAGUAAUUUUUAAAUAUUGAUUUUCAAUAAAUGUUUUAUUGUGUAACAAAGUUUACAUAGAAAAAAGUAGUGUUGCUUUGCUACUUAGCAUGCUUUUAAAUAAUUUCUCAUUUACCAAAAUAUAUGGAAUUAUUGUCUGUCUUAGUUUGUUUAAGUAAA